UCUAUCCAUAUUUUCUAUUCUUUGCUCUAUUUUUUCUUUCUCUGUUUUCUUCUGCGGCUGCGCCGUGAGCAAAGUGUGAACGUUCAUACCAUCCAUAUCAUCGCAUCCAUACAGUUAGAUAAUCAGACUUCAAGUAUCGUCCGGCCCAACACACAAGUUGCAAUAAUCAACCAAUCAUGAUGUUCGACAAAUCGUCCCUCCUUGUGGCGCUGUUUUUCACCGUCUUUGAUAUGGCCCAUAAGGCUCAGGCUGUGCCUCAGCCGGCAGGACAAGUUGGUGAAAUUCUGGCAGGUAGCUUUAACGAUGGAAUUACGGUCUAUGCGAACGGCGUUGUACAAUGUGGCUAUUCCAAUAUUUCUUGGACAGGUGCUUCCCCUCCGGUGACCCUCGAAAUUGGGCAAGGAGGUUACUAUAUCGGCACCACAUCGGUAGCCAAUCUCACGGCUGGAUGGGAUAACCAUACUGAAUGGCUGGUCAAUCAGCCAGAAGGUGUCGAUUUAAUCUUCCAGGUGGUAGAUUCGUCAGGAAAGACGGGGUAUGUCCAAAAUAUUAAGGUUGGAGCAGGAGACAGUGACUGCUUGGAGAACUCUGCCUCCAACUCGAGCCUAACUGCGAGUUCCGGUUCAACCGGGGAUGCCACUCAAAUCGCUUCUUCUACGUCUAUCUCAGAAAUAGUGGGGGGUACGAGUGAGACUGCGAGUGUCACUGCCAUCAGUGCUUCUAAGGAUGCUUCCGAGUCCGUUUCACUCUCAUCCUCUACCGAAACUACCGAAUCAGCAAGUUCUGCUAUCACCUCGGAGAUCCAGACCCCAGCCGCUGCCUCCUCCACAUCGCCCAUUGCUUCUGCUGCGAGCACCUCCGCUGUUUCAUCUGCUAGUGCUUCUACUGGUGAUUCUACAACAUCUUCUAAUGGCAGCAGUCCUUCUCUCGCGGCCGCCAAUGAUUCGACAGCUGGCGGUUCCUCUUCUUCUACCAGCUCCAGUGGAGCCUUCCCUGGAGUUUUUGUCAGCGGCUUAUCCAUUGUCUUUGCAGCUGUUGGUACAUUUGCAAUUCUGUAGCGAGGUUUUUAGGGCAGUCCACUUGAUGAAGCAUAGACCAUCUUUUCCUUUCUUCCUUUUCGGUGCACGCUUGAUCCUUUGACAGGAAGCAGCGAAGGCUUAUCAGUACAGGAUUAAUAUACAUCACGUCAUUUCUUGUAGCUAUUGUGAACAAGAUUUGGAGCAAUGGGUUAGCGUGGGACGUCCCUCAGAGAUUUUUGCGCUUUGCAGGUUUGAAACUCGACAUGGCGUAAUGCAUAAGGAACUACAAAAGGG